AUGCAUACGAUCCACAACUAUCGACACUCUCGAAGGUCCGCUUGUGAUCGUUGUCGUGGGCAAAAGUUGAGAUGCGAGCGCGAUCUUAUGAAUGGCAUGUCUUGCGAGCGAUGCCUCAAGGCCCAAGAAAUGUGCAUCACAAGCAUGAACCGCCCUGCACCGGUUACUUUACCCUCAAACCAUGGUCAGAACCUACUUGCACGAGAUGACCGUGAGCGCCAAAGAUUCGAUCAAAGGCAUGAAUCAAUGUCUGUGCUUCAUAAAUCGUCCGGCUCCAGAGUGGAGAAGUUGUUGCAUUCCCCUUCUCCGAUCCCAGAGAGACGCAACAUGGAAGAGCACCAUUACUGGGGAGAAGCAGCGGCAAUGCCUAAUUUUCCUGGAGGCAGCUUUCCUGCAUCCUCAGCAGACAUUAGGUUUAAUAUUCCCCUAGGGAUUGGAAACUUCAUGGCUCCAGUUGAGCAUUGGGGUCAUCCUCAUUUAAGUUUGUCAACCGAUGCCUAUAACCUACCUUGUGAUUGGAUGCCAUCGAACCAACAAUAUCCUUGCGAGGCAAAAUCUUGUUUUUCCUCUGUUUUUACCAGUAUUGCUCCGACAAGCACUAGGCAAGCCACUGAAAUUGCAAUUCCCGAGCCUGUUCAAACUAAGCGUCUCAACUAUGACGAGAACGAAUCGCUAUUUGCAAUCAAGGACCUUCCAGAUCCAGUAUGGGAGGAUCACCGAGACCUUGCAACUAUAACCAAGCCUCUUCCAAUAACAACAUGGCAAGAAGGUCUACCCUCUACUUCCAAGCUAGAGAUUCGUAAGAGUCUCUUGAGAUUGAAGGGGGGGGAUUUUAGAGGAUUUAGAGCUUUUAGAGACCAGAUCGAUGCUUAUACAAUCUUCACCACUUUUCUGUGA